AUGGCAGAUAAAGAUACAGAGGCCAAAUGGGUCAAGACCGAACUACCCAAACGAACACAAUCGCAACAUUCAUACGAUGCUCGUUCUUACAUUUCCGCCACUUCCGAUCCGAAUAACGAUGAACGUUUAUUAGGCAAUACAUCUGAGGAGGCGACACGAUUGGGUAAUUUCCCAGGGAAGGAUUGGGAAGGUGAGAGGGUUUCUCGUGGUUAUGUGAAGGAUUUGUACUCUACCGGAUCAAAUGCGACAUACUCGAGAGGGGGAGGAAAUGGACUGUCAUCUUGGACUGUUUCUCGUCACCAUUCUACCGAUGUCAAUCGACCAAGCUUAGGGACAUUCGAACGAGCUCAUGAGAGUCAAACUGAGGCCGGAGAUACACAGGGGUCAAAAGCGAUUGAAGGAGAUGAAGAGAUCACCAAAGGUCUAGGCAAGAUGAGUCUGGGCUGA